AUGUCCCCGGGGCUCCCCGGCCCCGCGCUGGCCCUGGGGCUGCUGCUGCUGCUGCCUGGGACUCGCAGUGACUGUGGGCCCCUGCCAAAGCUGAAUUACGCUAUCCCCUCUGAUAUGGAUCAGAUAGAGGGCUUCCCUGUUGACACACAAGUUACAUACAAGUGCCAUGAUGGGUUUUUUAAAAUCCCUGGAAAGUCAGACACUGUAGUGUGCCUUUCAAACUCCCAGUGGUCAAACAUCAAUGAGUUUUGUGGUCGUGGCUGUGAUGUCCCAACAAGGUUAAAGUUUGCUGCCUUAAGUAAGGACGAUGAGAGUAGGAAUUACUAUCCUCCUGGGAUCACUGUGAGAUAUACUUGUCGCCCAGGGUAUGAGAACAUCACAGAAAUGCUUCUUGUUAGUACUUGUCUUGACAACUUAACAUGGUCAGAAGCCCCUGAGUUUUGUAGAAGGAAAUCAUGUGGUCUUCCAGGAGAAGUACUUCAUGGCAGAGCUGUUCAUAAAACAGAAUUUCUGUAUGGUGCAAAAAUAGACUUCCUCUGUGAAGAUGGGUACAAAUUAAUUGGACGGCCUUUCAUUAAUUGUGGGCUUAAGGGAGAUGAAGUUGAAUGGAGUGAACUUCCAACUUGCCAAGCGAUUACGUGUUCUUCCCCUCCUUACGUUGCCAAUGGAACGUACGAUAGCAGGGGUGCAGAAAACUUUGCUUAUAACUCAACAGUAACUUACAGAUGUGACCGUGGGUUCCAGCUUAUUGGAGCUGCCUCCAUUCAUUGUACAACAAAAGAUAAAACAAGUGGAAUCUGGAGUGGACCUGCUCCUAAAUGCAAAGACACAACUGCACGUGUCCUAUUGAAAGGAAAUGAAACAAGUGGUACUUUCUCAGGUUCUUAUAAUGCAUCCAGUAACAUGGUACCCGAGCAGCAUCUGAAAAAGAAAAUAAAAAGCAGACUGUAUUAUGUAUCACAAUUCCAAAACAAACAUUUCACCAUCACUUCCUCCCGUUCUUCCUCAUUUCCCAGAGGUGACCUGAGGACGCGAGGUAGUUGGAUUACUCCACCACUGUUCAGAUUUGCUGUACCCCUGUACAUUAAUCAGAAAUAUUGUUCUGUCAGAACAAAUGAAAGAUCUAUUUGCCGACAGAGUUACAUGGGAAUCUCUGGAGUAUUACCCAGCGCCGCGUGCUUUCAAAACUUAAAAUGGUCAGAAGUCCCAGGAUUCUGUGGAAAGUGCUGGAUCUGGGUUAUUACUUGGAUGGGGGACCUGGAAAAAUCACUUACUGCAAGAAAUGAUGCUAAUGCUUCAGUAGGUGGCGCUCUUCCCUCUGGAUGUAGCAAUGAAUCCAAGCAUGAUGUGAAUGGUGCUCUGUUUCAGAUGAGAGGUCAGUGUGGGGCCCUGCCAAGCCUGAGUUAUGCCAUCCCUUCUGGUACCAAUCACACAGAGGGCUUCCCUAUCGGCACAGAAGUGACAUACAAGUGCAGUGCUGGCUUUGUUAAAAUCCCAGGAAAGUCAGACACUGUCGUUUGCCUUUCAAACUCACAGUGGUCAAACAUAGAAGAGUUUUGUGGUCGCAGCUGUCUUGCCCCGCCAAGGUUAAAGUCUGCUGAAUUAAGCAAUGAGGAUUCGAGGAAGAAUUACUACCCUGUUGGGACCAAUGUGAGUUAUGUCUGUCGCCCAGGGUAUGAGAGAACUGAACUGAGUCCUGUCAUUACUUGUCUUGAAAAUUUAACAUGGGCGGAAGCCCCUGAGUUUUGUCUAGGAAAAUCUUGUGGUGUUCCAAAAAGCCCAGAACAUGGCAGACUUGUUGAUGCAACAAAUAACCGGUUUGGUGCAAAAGUAAACAUACUUUGUGAUGAUGGAUACCGAGUAAAGGGGAGAACUUUCAUCCAGUGUUUGCUUAAAGGAGAUCAAGUUGAAUGGAGUGAACUUCCAACUUGUGAAUUGAUUACUUGUUCUCCUCCUCCUAAUAUUACCAAUGGGAUGCACAAUGGCAACAAUGGGGAAAUCUUUGUCUAUAACUCAUCAGUAACUUACAAAUGUGGUGAUAAUUUCUCACUAACUGGAGAGGCCUCCAUUCAGUGUACAACUAAAGAUAACAUCAAUGGAGUCUGGAAUGGGUCUGCCCCUGAAUGCAAAGUCAUAAUUACCACGGACAAACCCACAACUGUCCCUCCCAAAGGAACAGAAGUAACUGGCACUUCCUCAGGUUCUGCGCUGAACAUAGCUGGCAACUCUACUGCACUUGAAGGUGGAGGGGUUGGCAUACUCAUUGACAUAGGCAUUGGCACCAGUAUUGGUAUCGUCGUUCUUGGUGCAGUUGCUGCAAUUAUACCACUGGCAGUUUUGAAGAAAAAUAGGAUGAAGAUUGGUGCUAGUUAAUGGCUUACAAAUUAACAGACAAUAUUGGAAGAAGAGAAUGGAAAAGUUUUAGGAAAUAAGCUUCAUACAUUUGCACUGAAUUUCGGUAGUGAAAAUAGACCCCUCUCGGGCACUUUCACUACAACUUUUCUCCUUUGAACUGGACUUGUAAUUGGAAUCCACUGCAUUUGAAAAAAGUAAAGGAAGUGGAUCAUCCCUUUUGUCUUUAAAAACUGGUUUCUGAAGCAAGCAAAGGCAGUUGGCAGCAUCAAAAUUACUUGCUGUUCUGUACACGCAGCUGGCUCCUUAUUCCAUCUCUCCAUAGUGCUAAAUGUUUCACCUGUUAAAGAACAUGUUGGCCAUCUGAGCGUGGCAUAGUUUGGAUUGUGGGUUUUAGCUGAAGGUGGCAAGAGAGCCUGUUUAGGUGCCUGCUUACAGGCUUCCAUCAUGAUGUGCGUAAUAUUAGUCUUUAAACCUAAAUGUCAAGGUGCCAGACUCUAAAUGGAAUGUUGUGGAUUCUUGAUGUGACCUUUCUUCAGAUUUAGUCUUCAGCUGCAGAUGUUUGUUGAAGUGAGAAUCUCUUCAGAUAAAUCCACCUUUCGUUCCCAGCUCUAUAACUUCAGUUUCUUUUUACAAAUUUGAGAUAUAGUGUCUCCCCUAAGAGAAAAGAGUGACGUGUGUGAAUUUACGUGGGGUUCCAGAGAUAUUCAGAAUACUCGUCACUGAGUUUUUAAUAAAAUGUACUGAAAAUAAGGCAUCCUGUUUCUUUCCCACAAUCAACUAGCACUUUAUAAGAAGUAAGCAAUGAAAUCAAAAGUGUACUCCAUAGCAAGUUCUCCGGUGGUUUAGUGACUAAAUUAAUGUUUGUUUAAUUUAAUGUUUUAGUAAUAGUAAUAGACCUCCAAUGUCUUUGGAGGUCUGAAAACAAGCUUUUUAAAUUCAGGAAAUGGCACUCUCUGCUGGUAAGAUGGAGGUGAUUGUAAUCCAAUACAUUAUUAUAACGUAUUUUAUAAUUUAAAACGUUUAUAUUUUUAUAAUCCCAGCUAUGUUGUUUUGCAUAAAUCUUUCCACAGGUGGUGAAACUGUAACUGAAGGAAUUUGUGGAAUUUAUGAUGUCAUCUUUUUUAAUGUAUUUUUCUUAAAUAAAAGGAAUACUGAAUGAA